AUGUGUAAAACUACUGGCAUUAAGGGUGCUAUUGGCUCUGAAGACCUCUUCAGUUCUGCAAUUGGUUGUAUGACACCAAAUUCAGCAUUUUCUUUCUUUCUAGCUGUCAACAUAACACAAAAGGAUGGCAAGGCCAUAAAAUGUUACAAGUGCCCUUUCUGCAAUCAUUUUUCUCAUUUUUCUGCAAAUAUAAAGAGGCAUAUACUGACUCAUACUCAAGAACGACCUCAUGUUUGUGGUAUCUGUAAGAUGUCUUUCAAUCAAAAAAUCACUUUACAGAACCACCAUAUGCGUGUCCAUAUGAAGGUGUUAAACAUAUUUUUUUUUCCUUUUCUUUUGUUAGUUGUGAGCUUAAUGCGAAGGGAUGGAACUUCAAUUAGAUGUUACAAGUGUCCUUUCUGUUCACACAUGUCGAAUUUUUCUGGCAAUGUUAAGAGGCAUAUAUUAACUCAUACACAAGAAAGACCUUAUGCUUGUGUUGUCUGCAAGAAAUCCUUCAACCAAAAAAUUAAUUUACAAAGCCAUCAUAUUCGUAUUCACGGAACGAAUGUAAAUUUAUAA